AUGGAUCAUCGAGAGCAUAGAAAAGCAUUGAGAGAAAUGAUCGAAGACAUGAUCCAAGAAAUUAGAGCCGACCAAGAUCAAUUGGUAGGGGAAGUUGAAACUGGCCAGAACCAAGGGGAAGAAGCACACUGCUGGUUAUGGCUGAAGUUGAAUGAAGCUUCUGUGAGUUGGAAGGACUUUCCACGAAGACUCGACUGCCAGGCAUGGUUUCCCGGUCACGAGGAACGAAGAGGAGUGGCGAUUGUCCUUGUACGUUUAAACGUUCCAUGUGCAAGGGGUUAUCUUCACUUUUCCGGUCUAAACACGUCUCAGCAUCAGUACAUUCGUAGUCACAAGCAGGCUCAUCUCUGCGGCAAACUGGAAGAGCUCUCGGAUACAGAUCGACACAUUUACUUUCCAUCGUCGCACACCGCCCCAUUUUUACAUUUACACGGCAGUCCGAUGUUCGCGUUUUCGUACAGGACUGUCGAUUAUUGUUACAACAUGACGUUUCUAGGUCGAAACGGCUCGUUCGAAUUAAAACCGAGCGACGAUCUCGAAUGUACGUUUAAAAUUUAUUUGCCCUACGGAAAUCGUGUCGCUUUGACUUUACAAAUUGGCGAUAGCACUUCGACAGGUACACCCGAUACGGCGAUCGAUUUACAAGAGCGCAAAAGUGGCGACAUAAAAUGCGAAGGGCUGUUAACGCAGCUAUUGGACGGCGAAAGCGCCUGGUGGCAUUGUACGAGACCGGGGGAUGCCGAAAAACAAAUUCAAAUACUCUCGAGAGAAAAUAAAGUGGUGCUUAGAGUGUCUGUGCGAAGUUCGAGUGGAAGUGCUUUGGGACUGAGGAUGAUUUACAAAGCGGAGGCCGUGGACGAGAUUGUGGGUAGAUGCGGUUUCGGCUGGAUCGCGCUGAGGCAAUUUUGCGUCGGUGCAUUCGAAACGUCCAAGCUACCUUGGGCUCAGGCGGAAAUGGAAUGCGCGAGAAAGGGGGGACAUCUCAUCAGCAUAAGAAAUGAAAGGACCCAAAAUCUAGUUAAUAAUUUGCUUCUGAACAGUCCGGGCUACAGGGAUCACAACGCGUAUUGGAUUGGAGCAACGGAUAAAACGUUCGAGGGUGAUUUCAGAUGGUCCGAUGGGCUACCUUUUUCCUAUACGAAUUGGUUUCCGGGGUGGUCUCAGCAUGGAAACUACAAUCGGCAACCGAACGACGACGGAUUGAGCGAGCAGGACUGCGUGGAAGUUCGAAGGGUGUAUUCGUUACAAACGUCCCCGGCUCGGCUUACUAAUGGCUUUAUGUGGAACGAUCGCGAUUGUGCCGCGCCGAACUACUUUAUCUGCGAGAGAUUGCAGAGUGAAGAGCCCCUAGAAGACAAUUGGCCUCCCGAUUGCAACCGGACCGUAACACUUUCCCGCCAGCAGUCGAGAACGUCGGUAACGAGCCCCAGUUUUCCGCGCCAGUACCCGGAUAAUGUACUCUGCGAGACUGAGGUUUCCGCACCUGCGGGCUACCGUUUAAUUUUAGAUUUUGAGGAAUUAGUUCUGGAGAGCGAGCCGAGUUGCAGCUACGACUAUCUGGAAAUUCUGGAGAACCUCGCGAAUUCGUCAACCUUGAAUAGUUCGGAAUCAGGUCGGCGUCUUUGCGGCGAUUGGAGUUCAAAAUUAAAAUUACUACGAUACGUUAGUAGGGGAUCGAAACUAAAAGUCAGAUUUAGUUCGGAUUAUUCGCAUCAUUUCGGAGGAUUUAAGGCUCGCGUCUCAAUGGAAAACGUAAUGCAGUGUUCCGACGAUCGCCUUCAAAUGUUCAACAACUCCUGCUACCUCUUCGUCAGUUACCCUGAGGUGACAUGGUCGACCGCCCAGCAAAUCUGCAUGGGAAUCAAGGGCCAACUCACGUCAGUUUUGACACCCGAAGAGGAGAACUUUAUCAGCGCGAACAUACGAAAGAAUCCCGAAUAUCGGACGAGCGCGAUCUAUUGGUUCGGCGCGCGAUCUGGAAGUAACGGUAAAUUUCACUGGGUCGACGGAAACGCUAUGAGUUACUCCGGCUGGCUUCCGAACUACGCGCCGGAAGAGACGAACGCCUUGAUCAAUCCGAUGUGCUUGGGCGUGCGGUGGAUGCCGACGCCGACCAGCUCGCUUCCGAGUGGGUUGUAUUGGAAUACAAUUAAGUGCGACGCGGUCGGCGGAUACGUGUGCAAGCGGCCCAAUCAGAUGCUCGGUUUCGGAAUUAAUUUUAACAGAACUGUGAACGGAACCGAGGGGCAGUUGACUACGCCGAACUAUCCGGAGUAUUACUACAACAACUUGGAUUUUUUCAUUAGAAUUGUCGGCCCGGAGAGGACACGCAUCGUGAUACGUUUCCAGAAAUUAAACAUGGAGUCGCAGCUCGAAUGUUUGUACGAUUACGUUGAGGUGAAGAGUAAGAAUGAGGAGAGCAGCGUGAAAUGGUGCGGAAACCACGACGCCGAUAUGCACAGAUUUGACUUUGUAUCCGACGAUCACGAGGCCAUAGUCCACUUUCACUCCGAUUACUCCAUAUCUGGAAGCGGAUUUCUUCUCCAUUGGUACGCCGUCGAUGUGUCUUCGUGCCCGGCUCAGACUCUCACCGCCAAAGAAGGCGUGCUUGUCAGUCCCAACUAUCCGCUGUUUCUACUGCCACACUUGGAUUGCUCAAUCACAAUCCUAGCACCUAGCGGAAGGCGAGUUUGGUUAGAAUUUAAAGAGUAUAGCAUCGGCACAUCUUCCAAUCAAGAUAAGAAUGACGGGGGAGGUAAUUUGUUGGAGGUAAAAUUGGGUAGCCAGGUGCCCGGAUUUCAGCCGUUCCAAAACAAUGAGCUAGUUAGCGAAGGUUCGUUUAUGUCGACCACCGAAAAGCUUCAGAUUGCGCUUAAAACCGACGGUAAUCCCCACGGAAACGGCUUUAAGGCGAUUUACAAGAUUGUAAGCGAUUCGGAAACGGAAAAAGUACACGAGCUGAAGAACGACAGCGUGGGAGUAUUAAUGCAUCUGAACUACCCGCACGCUCCAUUACCAAAUGUCAAUUUCAUCCAGCACUUUGUCGCCCCUUUAGGGUACAUAAUAUCUUUGGAAAUUCACCAUGUGAGAUUAAGCGAUGGGGAGUGCUCGUCGAACAUGGGAGUAAUAGAAAUUUACGACAAUUACGCCGAUAACGGAACGCAUUGGUUCCUGUGCGAUAAAGAGAACGAAAACGGACUGGUCCCACACGCUCCGAUCGCAAUAUCGUCGUAUCUCAACACGUUAUCGGUAAGGCAAAAAAGUGCGAGUGUUGGUGUCGCAUUGAACGCAUCGCUCAGGGUGAGAUUCGACGAAGACUUCAAGAUUAAACUGCUUAGUUUCAAGGAGGAUAUGAUGGAGUUUUGUAGUCGGAAUCCAUGUCUAAACGGAGGCAGGUGCAUGGAGAAAGGCGAUCAGCAGUUCUGCCAGUGCUUGGGAUACUAUACAGGUAUUGUGUAG